AAGUUUGCAUUAAAUGUUCAUGAUGACAGUGCAUGUCACUUUGUCACUCAGGCUUUUAUAGUGAAGGCUCAGACAGGAAGUAGCGUGUCUUCCUCGACAGACCAACUGUUGCACACACCGGGGCUUGAACAUUACACAACUCCAGGAGCUUUCCUCGUCGCGUCUGAGCACAAAAUGUUGUUCAGUCCAGCUGGUGUAUCUGAAUGUUUACGUGAAUGGGAGGAUUUAGAGAAGGACUACCAACAGAUUCUGGACACCCAUCGUCUGUAUAAACAGAAGCUUGAGGAAGUCACCAAACUGCAAGACAGCUGCUCCAGUGCAAUCACACGUCAGAGGAAGAAACUGAAAGAGCUCACUGGAUCACUGGAAGAAUGCAAACAAAAACACCCAACACCAAAAUUAAGUCCAGAGGAUUUGGACUCAAUCUUCGAAAUCGAGGACUCCAUCAAAGACAGAGCAAACGCUUUCUUGGAGAUGGAAGCUUUUCUGCCAAAGAAGAACGGGUUAUACCUCAGUCUUGUUUUAGGAAACGUCAACGUAACACUCCUCAACAAACAGUCGAAAUUUGCCUACAAAGAUGAAUAUGAGAAAUUUAAACUGGUCCUCACGGUCAUCCUCUUCCUGUUCUCCUUCACAUGUAGCUUUUUGUUCAGCUACAGAGCCUUAGAUGCCCUUUUCAACUUCCUGUUGGUGUGGUAUUACUGUACACUCACCAUCCGGGAGAGUAUCCUCAUCAGCAACGGCUCAAGGAUCAAAGGCUGGUGGGUUUUCCAUCACUAUGUGUCAACCUUCCUGUCUGGAGUCAUGCUCACCUGGCCUGAAGGUGCUCUCUACCAGAUGUUUAGGAACCAGUUCCUAACAUAUUGUCUAUACCAAAGCUUUGUCCAGUUUCUCCAGUACUACUACCAAAGCGGCUGUUUGUACAGACUCAGAGCUCUGGGAGAAAGACAUAACAUGGACCUCACUGUCGAGGGUUUCCAGUCCUGGAUGUGGAGAGGCCUCACCUUCCUCCUGCCUUUCCUGUUUUUUGGUCACUUCUGGCAGCUCUAUAACAGCAUAACACUGUUCAGGAUGUUCCAGCUCCCAGAGUGCAAAGAGUGGCAGGUUGUCAUGUGCGGCUGCUCUUACAUGGUGCUCUUCAUGGGAAACUUCUUGACCACGCUGGGAGUAGUUUACCAGAAGUACAUGAACAACCAGGACAAGUCCAAGAGUUUAUAAAACUGGAAUAAUGAGCCAAUGAGAAUCACUGAAAAUCCUGGAAUGAAAAAUGUUACCAUUGCUCUAAUAUUCUCUUUAGAGCUCUUUAUAGAUGUUGUGAUUGUGAUUGUUGUCCUUGUGAACCAUUUUACAUAUACUACUACGUUUGUCAAUGUCCUUUCCAUUUCAAGUCCUUGUGAUUUCAUAUUUUUGGAUGUAUAGCAACAUGUCGUAUUGGUUGGUCGUAUGAUUAUCACAUAGACCUGUAAAACAAAAACAACUAGGUACCUCACAGGUCUUACUUACUGUAGUAACACUGUUAGGUUGUGUAAGUAGGAUAUUCAGGUCAGAAUUGUACAUCUCAAAUAAGGACGUGUUACUGAAUAAAGAAAUAACUUUUAAAGCAUCGUAUUUAUUUAGGGAAAUCAAUGGUUUGUUGCUCAGCAGCUGCUAUGUAUUUUUGCCUUACAGAAAGUGCUUAAUAAAACACUCCUUCAACCCCC